CCGCUGAUUGGUCAGUGAGGAGGGAGAAACCGGAAGUAGUAAUAUUAGCUCGUAGCUAAGCCCUGUUAGAAAAAAAAGAAACGUUGUAAAGUUUAAGUUAAACAAGUGUAAAAUUGAUUAUUCAGACUCUGCCCGGUAGCCUUCGUGAAGAGACCGCCUCCAAAUGUUUGUUUAGAGUCGCUCUGGUUAUUUUUAGUCGGAGUUUGCAGCACAGGAUGUAAUUAGCCGUUACUAGGCUACCUGAAUGAACCGUUAGCUUCCGCGGAUCUAAAGCAGCGAACAGCGGAGACUUAAUUAGUCGGCAGUCUAGCUUUUUCAGUUUAUAGUUUGGUAUUUAAGAAUGCCCACACUCUGAGUUUAUGACACCGUGCGGAGAAGACCACAUCAUUUGUGGACACCUCGUCUAACCUUGUUAAUCUGAGGACCGAGAGACUGGAGACAGUUACCGAGUGGACCCAGAACCACUGACCAAGUUUCGGUAGAAAACAAACUUAAAGAUGCCCGCUCUGUGACUGAAACCCUGCCCUAAUAGAACAUGUGAAGGUUGUAAGCAAGGAUUGUGAAAAGGAGAAUCUCAAGUGGAGUGAGGAUGUCCGAGAUAAUAAAGGUUGAAGCAGCUGAACCUGGAGGGAUCAGCGUGGAGCCCUCCAUUUCUGCAGAGUCCACAUCAGAACUGGAGGAGGAAACACAAGACAGCAAAGAAAUCAUCCAGCAGAUUGUUGUGAUUAAAGAAGAGGUUCCCCAUGACUGGAACCCCAAUUUGGACCAAGAGGACACAGAGUCCCCAGAUAUGAAGGAGGAAGUGAACAAACUGUGGAUUAAUGAGGAUGGAGAGCUGCAGAGUGAAAAUAAAGAGGAAUCUCAAUUAUUAGAAGCUUCCAGCAGCAGCUCAGCUAAGACGAAAACAGAACAUAAUGGAGAGGACCGUAGAGAACCAGAACUUGACAACAACCCAGAUCCAACAGGUUCCACUCAACAAACUAAGAUGUUGGUUCCCAAAAGAGGUAAAGUAUCUAAACUGAAUUCAACACUUAUGGCUCAGAUUGGAAUCCAUGCAGGAGAGAAGCCGUUUAGUUGCAAAAUUUGUGGCAAAAGAUUAAAACAUUUGACUUCAAUUAAAUUACACCUAAUGACACACAAUGGCAAUAUAGAACAUAUCUGUGAUUUUUGUGGGAAAGGGUUUAAAGAAAAGAGUUCUCUUCGGACACAUAUAAGACUUCACACAGGAGAGAAACCAUUUGCAUGUGAUAUUUGUGGUCGAAGGUUUCAUGAAAAAGCAAAACUUAAAACACACCUGAAAGUUCACUCAGUAGAACAACCGUUUUCUUGUGAUGUUUGUGGCACCAGAUUCAAACGAAAGGAAAAUAUAAAAAAGCACAUGAGGAUUCACACGGCAGAGAAACCCUUUGUGUGUAGUGUUUGUAGGAAAAGAUUUUCGCGACAAGAAACUCUAAAGAGACACAUGCAUGUUCACACAGGAGAGAAACGGUUCAUGUGUAAUGUUUGUAGUAAAGGAUUUGCUCUGAAACAUCACCUCAAGAACCACAUGGAGGUUCACACUGCUCCGUUUAGCUGUGGGGACUGUAGUAAGUGUUUUGUAAAUGAAAUCCAGUUAGAGCGACAUGUGAGAGUCCACUCAGAGGAGAGGCCGUUUGGGUGCGACAUCUGUAAGACCAGAUUUUAUCAAAAGUGUCAGCUUGAAAAUCACAUGAGGGUCCAUUCAGGUGAGAAACCGUUUGUGUGCACUGUUUGCAGUAAAGCAUUUUCCCGACUUGGAAAUUUGAAGAAACACAUGGAGGUUCACAGGGGCUACAAAGAAUGAUUCAUUUGAUCGUAAUAUAAACUGUCAGUAUUUUUCCAAUGAGUAUACAGUCUCUGCUUUCUGGGGCUGCUGGUAAGUGCUAAAUUACAUUAUUUCACAUUUUCGAUGUCAAAUUGGCUAUUCAAAGCUUAAUGAUUUGAGUUCCUGCUUUAAUUAGGUCAAUUCAACCCCCUUUUUUCCCCUAGCUAUUCAGAGUUGGAUUUGCUGUUCUUUUUUUCCUCUGGAUCAUUGCUCAUGUCCAUAACUCAAACGUGUUUGAACUUAAGGUCAUGAUUUGAAAGCCAGUCGUUGUCCUUUAGGGUUUCUGGUAAAGAGCAGAUUUCAUGGCUCCAUUAGGUUAUGCCAAGUCUUCCAGGCAAAGAAGCCCAUCUUCAUCACACUGCCACCACCAUGUUUAACUGUCAUUAUAAUUAUUCUUUUCCUGAACAUAUCUGGAAAAUAUCUUGCUGGACAUCCUGCUACACAAUCAUCAGAUAUAUGCUGAUAAAGCCAUCUUUGAAUGUGUGCGGUUGUUCCCACCCCUUCUUUUUUUUAAAGAGUUGGACAUUUAAUUGCUUGCGGUAAUGAAACAUUUGUGUGAUGCUGAAGUAAACUAUCACACAGCGAAUGGGUUUCCAGUUACAGGUUCGCUUUAGGUUUGUGUGUGUCAGUGUUCAUCUUCCACUGAAGCAGAAGACUUCCUCAGCAUUCCUUCUGUAAAUAAGUUAAAAGACAGUAUUAGGAGCUGCAGGAUUUCAGCUUUACAAUAAACGAAUGUUUUAAAUUCUGAAAACAAACUCAAAAAUGUUAACAUUUGUUUUGCAUGUAAUUAGUACAGACAAAAUAAUAUUUCCUGGAAGUUUACGUACACUUUAAAAGCUCAAAGAGGCAUUUGACAUCAGGAAAUGGAUUAGUGCUUUUCGUAAGCAUGGUGAUGAGCCAUUUAUGUUGAAUUGAUUGAGAUUGAUUUACAAAGUUUUUAUUUUCUAAUGGAUUGUAAAUAAUGUAAAUAACUUCAUUUUACUUGUCAUCCCUAACAGUGUUUUCCCAACUCAUUUCCACUUAAACUUUAUUUUUCAUAUACUGGCAGAAGUUUUGAUCAAGUUUUAUUCAGUCUAAAAUGUAAAGAUAAGGUACAAGCAGGACAAAAACGACAGUUUUGUUCAUCUAAAAAAAUUUGUCAGUCUCAGCAGAAGUGCUCUGAAUUGUCAGUUUACAUUCUUACAAAACUGCCUCUAGGAUUUUAAUUUAAAAAUUUAUCUUGAGUUUGUUAAUGCCAUUGGAACUGUGAGUACGCCCUCUUUGAAUGCGUAAAGCAUCUUAUUGUUUGUAAAUUGGGUAGAUUAGAAAUUAAAAUGUAUUGGUUGUAACUAAAAUGUGCCUAAUUUAUUUUAUUAAUGUGAUCAUUCAAAUUGUCUCUUCUCACUACAACAUUGCUAAUGUUUGAAGCUUGUCCAUGUCUGGUUUACUCAUCGCCAAAUUGGUCAGCCUUUCAGGUUUUGAUUUUUAGUCAUUUUUAUUUAUUUUUUUUAUUUUAUUGUUUUAAGUAAAGGCUGCAAGUGUUUUGGCGCCAUUUAUUUCAGUUUCUUUUUUAAAAUCUUUCUUUUUGGUCACAUUUUUCAUUAUUAUUUUGGUCUCUCUCUUUCUCUUAAAUUUAUUUUGAUAUGUAAAAAACAUUGUUAGAAAUUAGCAGCUGGGCUUCAGAGCUUUUCAAAAAAAAUUGUUCUACCUGAUCUACCUGUUCUACCUGUUGUGUUUUCCUACAGAUGUAAUAUGUGGAGCCCUCAUUAGAAUGCUGUCUGAAACAUGAUUCCACAUAGCUGAAGUAUAGUGACCUCAAAGUAAUGGUAGUUCACCGAAUACUAUUUUUUUUUUUGUUACAUGUUAUACUAAACAAUGUAUACAGAGUACUGUUGUGAAAUAUGUUAAAACUUAUCUAAUAAACAUUUUUCAAAGCUGUU